AUGGCAAACCUCAAGACCACUAAGCGACUCGCCGCCAGCGUCCUCGGCGUUGGAAAGAGAAAGAUCUGGCUCGACCCCCAGGAGCUGACCGACAUUGCUAACGCCAACUCUCGACAGCAGGUGCGAAAGCUCGUGUCCGACGGCCUUAUUGUGCGAAAGCCCAACGCCAUGCACUCUCGAUCCCGAACUCGAGCUCUGGCCGAGGCCAAGCGAGCCGGCCGACACACCGGUUUCGGUAAGCGAAAGGGUACCGCCAACGCUCGAAUGCCCGAGCAGGUCCUUUGGAUGCGACGACAGCGAGUCAUCCGACGACUGCUCUCCAAGUACCGAGAGCAGGGCAAGAUUGACAAGCACCUCUACCACGAGCUUUACAAGCUCGCCAAGGGUAACACCUUCAAGCACAAGCGAGCCGUUGUCGAGCACGUUAUCAAGGCCAAGGCUGAGGCUACUCGAGAGAAGGCCCUCAAGGACGAGGCCGAGGCUCGACGAGUCAAGAACCGAGCUGCCCGAGAGCGACGAGCCGCUCGAAUCGCUGAGAAGCGAGAGCAGCUCCUCGCUGAGAACUAA